AGUAUGCAGUACACAAGUCAGUUAAUAGUAAAAACGCUGUUACUUGUUCUAACUGUUUCUUCCGGAUCAUGUUGGCAGUUUUUCACGUCAUUGAGUGAUAUCAAAUUGACUAAUUCCCCGGAGGUAAAAGAACAUUUGCACAGUCAAUACAUGUUCGGUGAUUGCAGAGAAGGCACAGUAAAAUUUUACACUCAUACGCAUCUGGAUAGUAUGCAAGUAUUGGGAAAAGUUAUCGUACGAGGUUGGCUGGAUUUAAUAAGAAUACCAACGUGCAUCAUUCUAAGAGGCUAUGGCCACGAAGCUGACUUGUACAGGAGUACAACGUACAACUUCCAGAUGUGUGUGCCGCGUAUAACGUAUUGCCACACGCAUCGUAGAUUCAAGUACUACUACUACGAAUGGUACAUACCUCUCGAUAUGUCCGGUGGAAUGAAUUGGGAUAUAUAUUUUUACGGACCACCUACUGCCGAGUGGCAAUGA